AUGGCUAAGGUACAUCCUAAAACAUCCAUGAUCUGUAGUUCUUGUCCUGAAUAUUCAUCAUCGGAGCGAGAAGUAUUCACCGUUUGGAUGAAAUCCCUAGUGAUCAGUAGCAACGGCUGCACCGUCUUCAACUCCAAAGGUGAUAUUGUUUUCCGGGUUGAUAACUACCAAACAAAGCGCAGCACUGAAGUCUUGCUCAUGGACUAUAAUGGUCAAGUGCUUUUCUCCAUCAAACGAAAGAAAUUACUGAUAUUCAGAAGUUGGGAAGGGUACAAAUGCAUCAAUUCCAAGUUUGAUGAUGAUGAGGGAGAGUGGUUUAAGGUAAAGAGAGAGUGCAAAAUUCCUGGGAGAGACAUGAUUACCUGCCAUGUCAUCCUAGGUUGUAAUAAAACUACAGGAAACUGCAGCUAUAAGAUUGUAGGGUUACAAGGAAAACCGACGGUCAAGAUUACAGAUAGCACAGGGAGAGUAUUAGCAGAGGUGCUGCAGAAGCAGUCACAGGCGGGUGGAGUUUCUCUGGGCGAUGAUGUAUUAUCUCUAAUGGUGGAACCCCAGAUAGAUCAAUCUUUGAUCAUGGCUCUAGUGAUAGUCUAUGGUAUGAUCAACCAUAAACUAUGA